AUGAGCCACGCGCAGAAGUAUAUCAACGCUGAAGAGGCCCAGGCGCAGCUCAAAGACAAGGAUGAGAAGCCCGACAGAAAAAGGAGAGAGAACGACGAGCGCAAGUCGGAGAAAGUAGACAGAGAUCCCAAGAGGUGGCCUGAGAAGAUGACGACGCAAAGCAACAAGAGGAAUCGAGGCAAAUAUUGCGAGUUCCACAAGGACCACGACCACGAUACGGAGAACUGUUUCGACUUGCAAAACUAUAUCGAAGAUCUAAUUAGGCGCGGUUAUCUCAGCGGCUUCAUAGACAGAACAGAGAAGUCAGCCCAAGAGGAAAGAAGAGCAGACGGAGCUCGACAGCCUCCGCCCCGUGGCCCCCCAGCCGGCGUUAUCCAUUUGAUAUCGAGCAGAAAUGCCUCCAGAGGGGAAAGCAGCUCGGGACGGAAGAGAUAUGCUCGACUGUGCGAGAUCGACGACCGAGGUCAUGGGAGGAGGUGCAGCACGUUUAUUACCUUCAUUGAUGAUGACCUCCGAGGAAUCCAGACAUCGCACGACGAUGCCUUGGCCAUCACCGCCGAAGUGGCCAAUUUUGAGCUACGGCAGAUCCUAAUUGACACAGGGAGUUCCGCUGACAUGUGGUUUGAAGAUGCGUUCGAAAAGCUCGGCAUUGCUAGAGAUCGGCUUGCACCAGUUAGCACUCCCUUGAUGGGAUUUCCGGGAGAGUCCCUCCAAUCCACUGGGAGGAUAACUCUUCCCUCUUGA